ACUUUUAUUUUGGUUUGGUGGUGUGACGUCAUAAGUAUGCGCCACGCUCCUUCAUUUGCUGCGGUCUGAAGAAAGACAGAUUGUCCGAACACAGAAACAACUCCUGGUGACCUGACUGAGAUCCAUCAGUGACACUAAAGAUGGCGUUUAUUCAAGUGGAAAAUGGGGACAUGGAGACUGUAGAAACAUUCAGAGUGAAAGAAGAAGAAACUGAGGAACAAACAGACCUGAUGCCGCUGGAAGAGGAAAUUCAUGAACUUGAUGAUGUAAAGGAAGAGAAACUUAAAGUAAUAACUGUGGAAAACGUUUCUGACUGCUGGCUGACUGAAAAGACUCCCUCACAAGAAACCGCUGAAGAGACGGGGGGUAAACGUUAUUUCAUCUGCUUUCAGUGUGGAAAGAGUUUCAGCCAACACGAAAACCUUGAAGCUCACAUGAAGAUUCAUAGUGGAGAGAGCGCUUACCCCUGCCAAGAGUGUGGAAAAGGUUUCUCUGGAAAGGGAAGCCUUAAAGUCCACAUGAGAAGUCACACUGGUGAGAAACCGUUCAUCUGCCCUCAGUGUGGAAAGAGUUUUGCACAGCAGGCAACGCUUAAUGACCACAAACUAAUUCACACUGGAGAAAUGCCUUUCACAUGUGAUCGGUGUGGAAAGAGUUACAGACGUAAAAUAUCCCUUAAUGCCCACAUGAGGACUCACUCGAGAGAAAACUGCUUUAAAUGUCUUCAAUGCGAAGAGAGUUUCACAGACAGCAAUGACCUGAAGAGCCAUGUAAUGACUCACAUUGGAGAGAAGCCUUUCAUGUGCGAUCACUGUGGAAGGACUUGCUCAAGCAAAUCAAACCUUGAUGUUCAUGUGAGACUUCACACUGGAGAGAAGCCUUUCACCUGCCCUCAGUGUGGAAAAGGUUUCAAUGAAAAAGGGACCCUUAAAAUCCACCUAAGACUUCACACUGGAGAGAAACCUUUCAUAUGUUUUCAGUGUAACAUGAGUUUCACAUAUCGAAGAGCCCUGAAGCGUCAUUUGCGAGGUCAUCCUGGAAACAGCAGCGUUAUGGUUGGUCUACCGAUUCCAGAACGUGUCCGAAACAAAACGCCCCUAAUCUGAAUCUUGACUCUGGAGGCUUCCUAAAGCUCAGUAAGUGUACACAUUGUAAGCAGAGUAACGAUGUCAAUUUAAAUGCCUGCUUGAUGAUGAAACAUCGGAAGAACUCGUUACUCAACCCGAACCUUCAUUGCAAAGGUUGACUCGAGCAGGACAUUUUUCAGCGAUAAGUUUUCACUCAGUUUGUCAUCCAUUAAAAUGUUGCAGUGUUUCUCCAUCCAUGUUGAGUCCUUCUGGAGUGAUGAAGCAAUCCAUUUGGUUCAAAGCUUGUUUUAUGGGUAAUCGCAUUUAAAACCUGGUUACAAAAUCACUUUAUUAUAGAAGAUGUUUGAACUGCUAUACUGAGUCAUUAUUGUCUUUUUUUUAACGUAUGUUUCAUAUACUAGUAUGUAAUCAAAGCUAUAGAUUGUGAAUUUAAACAUUCCUCGUAGCAUAGCAUACAGCUAUCCGAUGAGCGCGUCAUCUUUUUUUCAUUAUUUUUAUUUUACAAUGCAUUACAUUGUACACGUUUUGUUAUUAAAAGAACCAUGUAAAA